GGUUUCCUGUCCCGCAAACUCUGGAAUCGCGAUCCUCUCACUGCGCAAUCCUCCUUCCGUUGACCACUCUCCGCAGGUCUCUCGUGUCAAGGUUUCCGGCUGCGAGGGUGUCUGGCUCAAUCUGACUUCUCUUCUUUUUGGGUCUUUCUCUCAGCCGUCGCUAUUAACUACUUUCUUUGGCGGUUGCUUCGGGUUACGUUAAUAUCCAUCAUCAUCGCUUCUCGACGUGCCGCGCGUCAGGUGCUGCAUCGUUAGCAUUAAUAGCCCGUCACAAUGGCGUCCGCGUCUCCUGUAGCACUCUUCGACAAACUGCCGGUCCCCACCCUGGACCGGCCGUUCGGCAUCGAGUUAUGGCCCUACUUCAGCAAGGCCUUCGAGUACGUUGUCGGCUAUCCGGCCGAAGACUUCAGGUUCCAGCCCGGCGUAACGCCCAUGUCGACACUCAAGGAGACGGGCAUCUUCAUCGUCUUCUACUACACAGUCAUCUUUGGCGGCAGGGAGUUGAUGCGCAACCGGGAACCCUUCAAGCUGCGCACGCUCUUCCUGGUCCACAACUUUUAUCUCACCGCGAUCAGCGCCAUCCUCCUGGCGCUCUUCGUUGAGCAGAUCCUGCCCACUGUCGUCCGCGGUGGGAUCUUUCAUGCCAUCUGCGACGCGGAUGGCGGCUGGACCCAGCCCCUGGUGGUUCUCUACUACUUGAACUACCUUACAAAGUACCUGGAACUUCUGGAUACCUGCUUCCUCUUCCUCAAGAAGAAGCCCCUGACCUUCCUGCACUGCUACCACCACGGCGCGACGGCCCUCCUGUGCUACACGCAACUGAUUGGGUCGACGUCGGUAUCAUGGGUUCCCAUCACGCUGAACUUAACGGUGCACGUGGUCAUGUACUGGUACUACUUCCAGAGCGCGCGCGGCAUCAGGAUCUGGUGGAAGGAAUGGAUCACCCGCCUUCAGAUCAUCCAGUUCGUUAUCGACCUCGGCUUUGUGUACUUCGCCUCAUACACAUACUUCACGUCGACCUACUGGCCAUGGAUGCCGAAUGCUGGCAAGUGUGCUGGUGAGGAGUUCGCCGCCUUCUCCGGCAUUGCUAUCCUCAGCUCGUACCUCUUCCUCUUCAUCUCGUUCUACCUCGCCACAUAUAGGAAGGAUGGCAAGCGGCCUAGCGGGCGCAAGAGUCUGCGGAGGAUGAGCCAAGCCCCGCUUCCUGACCCGCACCACAUACUCGAAAGCAAGACGGCCAAUGGUGAUGCGAAGGCGUCUGGUGUCAAGACAAACGGCACUGCAACUAGGUCCCGCAGAGCCUAAGCUAGCGAUCAAUGCGAAGCAUGCCGCGAUCACUUUAGGCGGCGGGCUGCUUCAGAAGAUGCUAUGAGGCACCAAUCUUGGCCAUCGGUACUGCCAGCGAGAGCGCGUCUUCUGACAGGCGCAGGGCAUCACAGGUUAGGAUACUAUUGAGAGUUUGUACGCGCCCGGCGGCGGAUAGUCCACAUGCCUUUGGGAAGGUUAG